UCUCCCUAGGCGGAUAUGCACUCUGGAAAGACCCCGAGCCUUCGGUGGCCGAGCCGCCAUCUUUCCAGAUGCCGCUGGACAUGACCAUCCGCAACUCCGUCUACGCGGCGGCUCAGCCCCACGGCGCCGCCCACGUCUCCAGCGGGGCACGGCAGGAAAACGAGUCCGACUUCGCGCACUCCAAAAUCAAGGUGAGCCCGGCCGACGGUCCCGUCGAGCAGUUUUCCUGUCCGUUUUGCCAAAAAGCUUUCUCCUACCAGCGGAUGCUCAACCGUCACCUCAAGUGCCACAGCGAGAUCAAACGUCACCUCUGUCCCUACUGCAACAAAGGGUUUAACGACACGUUUGACCUCAAGCGACACGUUCGGACGCACACAGGUGUGCGUCCUUAUAAGUGUCAGCUGUGCGACAAAGCUUUCACCCAGCGUUGUUCCCUGGAGUCCCACCUGAAAAAAAUCCACGGGGUACAGCAGAGUUACGCCUACAAGGAGCGGCGGGCUAAACUCUACGUCUGCGAGGACUGCGGAUCGACGGCCGACAGCCAAGAAGGACACCUCCGACACCUCCAGGAGCAGCACCCCGACAGCCCGCUACUCCGGAAAGCCUCGCGCAAAGCGGCUACGGGCCUUCACAGCCUCAUGGGCACCCCGAGUAUCCUGCAGGGCUCUGGCCCUUGUUCCUAAAACAUCCUGGCCUUUUUUGGGACACACACACACACACACCGAUGCGCCUUUGAACUUGGGAACUGGCCACUGGACCCAGCCACCACAUCCGGUAGUUCGAAUCCGGCGUGGGAAGAAGUUCUCCAUGAAUCUUCCAUGACGCGGCGGGGAAAAAAUGGUGUUUUUUUUGGAUCAGACUUCCGGAUAGGAUGAAUGGUGGCUUUGAAUGUUACAAAGAGCUCAAUUGGGCUGCGUGGCAGGCCAAGGCUUGGAGGGUUGGGGCGGGGUGAUUCUCAGAGGUCAUCUAGUCUGACCCCCCCCCCCUUGGCCUAGGUAGGAAACGUGUUAUCGGAUGCAACUUAAGUCCCUUGCAUUGGAGCUGCCUUAAAAUCCUCGCUGGGGUGGUUACACACAAUCGUGUCUCCGGCGCCUGGACAUGGAAUCGUCGGUUAAGUGUUCUUUGAAUCCGCCGCCUAGUUUCUCGCACCCGAGUCCGAGGAGUUUGACGAAAUGGCGUGAAGAUUUGGGGAGACCCCUCAAGACGAAAUCCCUUUGGAAAGUUCAAAAAUGAUUUGGCAAAUUGAUCCCGUCACCGCUGGGUUGUGUUCAAAGCGGAGGCUUUGGGUUCAAGAAGUGCUGGGAUAGAUUUCCUCCUUUGAUUAAGGAGGGGGGUUGGACUAGAUGACCUCAUCACAUGCCUUCGAGCUGUGUUAACUACUUUUUCUGCCUCAGGGCCGGAUCGUACUAGUCUGACCUUGGAAAUUAAGUGCCUGGACUUGUCAGCUCUCAGGGCAGAUUUUGAACUGGGGAUCCGUUUUUUUAAAACGGGAAUAAUCUUGGGAUUCAAUUGGGGUGACUGGAUGAGGUUGUGCAAGCUUCCAUGAUACACCCCGUCUUUUUUCUCCCCAGAAUUCAAACAUUCUGGAAUCUGGUGAGUUCUUUUGUGUGUGUGUGUGUGUAUGUAUGUGUGAUCCUUUUUAAACUGAUGCAGAAAAAUAUAUUAUUUAUCCAGAGUCGAGCAGCCACCGAUUUUGAGCUUUAGGGAAACAUUUUUUUAAAAAAUGAUAUAAAAUACAGAAAUGGAUUGCUGAUAUAGGACUACAUCAUCAGCCUCGCCUCUUUGAAACGGGGCAGGGUGGGGAAAAAAAUGAAUUAUCAUGCAAGUUACAACGGUUUCCGAAGACUGUCGUAAGGGGUUUUAUUAUGUUUAUUUAAUACGAUGAAUGUGUGAAGACGGGGUCUCUCUACCACGAGACACCGAAGCUAAUGUUUUUUUGGCAUGGGAAAAGAGGCAUUAAGCCAAACACCAGGGUGUGGAUCUUGUUUACAUGAUCGGCCGUGCUUUCUCUUUUGACUUUGGGGGAAAACGAGCUCGGCCUGUGAACUUUUAACGUUAUUAUGUUAUCCGUAAUCUAUUCUUCUUCUUCCUCUCUUUACCUGUUAUUAAUUAAAAUAAAGGAACUGGAGGCUCUCUGCAAGCCAGACAAAGUUUGCAUGUUAUUUGGGGAAUGCCAAAGGUGUGUCUCGAAUGGGACCUAAAGGUAGAGCAGAACAGAGUGGGAAGGGACAUCAGAGGUCUUCUAGUCCAUCCCCUUGCUCAAGCCG